CCUCCCCACCCGCCCGGUUCCGGGCCCGGAAGGCCCCGCCGCGUGCCCUUUGAACCGGGAAGCGCUCGGCGGCAGGCCUGGGCGGCCGGGCUUUGAAUGAGAUCCGGCUGAUUCACUGCCGCCCGGCCCGGCCCCGCGCACAGGAAAGACUUACUGAUUGCAUCUUUAUAGCCUGAAAGUGGGAGUUGCUGCUGAGUUUGUUCUGCUGAGUUUGUUCUGCGAUCACCUCUUGCUGAGUACCAGAUUUUAUUGUGUGAAGUCAAGAAACUGCAAAGUCAAGUAAGCAAGUAAAAGAACUGUUACACCUGGGACAAAGCCCUUACUUAGAAAUAUGGAUAGACUUCUACGACUUGGAGGAGGUAUGCCCGGGCUGGGACAGGGGCCACCAACAGAUGCUCCUGCGGUCGAUACAGCGGAACAGGUUUAUAUCUCUUCCCUUGCGCUGCUGAAAAUGUUGAAACAUGGUCGUGCUGGUGUCCCUAUGGAAGUUAUGGGUCUGAUGCUUGGGGAAUUUGUUGAUGAUUACACUGUGAGAGUGAUUGAUGUUUUUGCUAUGCCACAGUCUGGAACGGGUGUCAGUGUGGAGGCAGUUGAUCCUGUAUUUCAAGCAAAAAUGUUGGAUAUGCUGAAACAGACAGGAAGACCUGAAAUGGUAGUUGGUUGGUAUCAUAGUCACCCUGGCUUUGGCUGUUGGUUGUCUGGUGUAGAUAUCAAUACUCAGCAAAGCUUUGAAGCCUUAUCGGAAAGAGCUGUUGCUGUGGUGGUGGAUCCCAUUCAAAGUGUAAAAGGAAAGGUUGUUAUUGAUGCCUUCAGAUUGAUCAAUGCUAAUAUGAUGGUCUUGGGACAUGAACCAAGACAAACAACUUCAAAUCUGGGUCACUUAAACAAGCCAUCUAUCCAGGCACUAAUUCAUGGACUAAACAGACAUUACUAUUCCAUCACUAUCAACUACAGGAAGAAUGAACUAGAACAGAAGAUGUUGCUAAAUUUGCAUAAGAAGAGUUGGAUGGAAGGUUUGACACUGCAGGACUACAGUGAACACUGCAAACUCAAUGAAACAGUAGUGAAGGAGAUGUUAGAAUUAGCUAAGAAUUAUAACAAGGCUGUUGAAGAAGAAGAUAAGAUGACACCUGAACAGCUGGCAAUAAAAAAUGUUGGCAAGCAGGACCCCAAACGUCACUUAGAAGAACAUGUGGAUGUGCUGAUGACUUCAAACAUUGUCCAGUGUUUAGCUGCUAUGUUGGAUACAGUUGUAUUUAAAUAACCAUUUUACUGUUUGUGAUGCUUUCUGUGUAUAUUUGUUUAUCGUUUCUAAUACUCACAAAACAGAGACUGCUGAGGCUAUAUUUGAUUAAACAGAGACAUCUGACUUCAUUCGCAGUCUAAGUGCAGCUCAAUAACACCUUUCAGUCUCUAAUUGUGCAGUUGCUUCAUUUUUUUAUGUCAGUGUCUUUACAGACUCCAAAUAAUUCAAGAACACGAUGUGUGCAAAAAUGUAUUACAUUUUCAUUUAAUAUUUUGGGAGAAAAAUCAGUAGUACAUAUAUAUUUUGAUUGUUGCAACAUAAUAAAAGUACAUUUACAAGCCUGUCAA